UGUAAAUAUGCAAAUGUCAGAAAGUGUUUCUGACCAAUAGGCUUGAGCAGUGUUGCAGAAUGCGCCAAUCGAUUUCCGGUUGGACUGCAGUGCGGGAAUUUUUGAGAAGCAUCGAGUAUAGCUUGGAAUUAACAAUAAAGUCAACGAGAUGCCCCCUAAAGCCAAGGCAGCAGGGAAGGGCAGAGGACCAGAAAAGAGAAAGCUUGCUGAGGAGUUCCCCCCUGGAGAAGUACUUACAGAUACUGGCAAGAAGUCCUGGAAACUGGGAGCCCCCAUUGGACAGGGCGGCUUCGGACUGCUCUAUCUGGCCGAUGAGAAUUCAUCUAAAACGGUUGGUGCUGGUGCCCCAUAUGUCAUCAAAGUGGAGCCCAGUGACAACGGACCACUGUUCUCAGAGCUCAAGUUCUACAUGCGAGCUGCCAAGCCGGAUCAAAUUCAGAGUUGGAUGAAGUCUCACAAGACAAAGUAUUUGGGAGUGCCAAAGUACUGGGGGUCUGGACUGCAUGAGAAAGGAGGGAACAGGUACAGGUUCAUGGUGAUGGACCGGUUUGGGACGGACCUGCAGAAGAAGUUUGAGGAGAGUGGGAGGAGGUUCCCCCGAAAACUGGUCCUGCAGCUCGGCCUGAGACUCCUUGACAUUCUGGAGUACAUCCAUGAGCAUGAGUAUGUCCACGCUGACAUCAAAGCAUCCAACCUCCUCCUCAGCCACAACAACCCCAAUCAGGUUUAUUUAGUAGAUUAUGGGCUGGCCUAUAGGUACUCUCCUGAAGGCAUACUGAAGGAGUACAAGGAGGACCCUAAGAGGUGCCACGACGGGACCAUCGAGUUCACCAGCAUCGACGCACACAAAGGAGUCUCACCUUGUAGAAGGAGUGAUCUGGAGAUCCUGGGGUACUGUAUGGUCCAGUGGCUCUGUAGUAAAUUGCCCUGGGAAGACAAGCUGAAAGAUUCCCUCUACGUCAGAGACUCAAAACUACGAUGCAGAGAUAACAUCUCAGACUUCAUGUCUCAAUGUUUCUCCUCACAAGACAAGCCAGACGAACUUCAGAAGUUUAUGGAGGAGGUGAAGACUCUAAGCUACACAGACAAGCCGGCCUAUCAGAAGCUCCGGUCCAUUCUGGAGGCGGGGCUUAAGUCGAUCGGCGCCAAAGAUGACGACAAGCUGGAGUUCUCAUCGGUCAACGGAGUCGGGCCAUUGUCCUCUGUCGAGAAGACUCCCAAAAGAAAGAGAGCGGUAGAUUAUAAAGGGGAGGCUAAUGACGAGACCGACGGCACUCCCGCCAAGAAAAGAAAAGCUGAAAAGAAAGAGGUGAAUGGAGUGAAAAGGGUAGUCAUCCCCAAGAAGAAAGCGACCCUUAAAAAGAAUGCUGCUAGCCCGAAGAAGAAGGCUGCUAGCCCCAAGAAGAUACUGGUGGAGAUGGCUACUCAGACCACUCCUGGCCUGAAGAGAGGCAGAGGUAGACCCAAGAAAAAGGCAGACCCAUUCAAAUCAGAAUGAGUUGAGUUGUACUUCUCAUUCUGUGUUCCUGCCACCCUUUAAUUUGAACUACUUUGCAGAUAUGAAACAAACAAUCAUAAUAUCAGACAAAAAAAUGUCAAAUUCCCAGUUUACGCUACAAAAUCAACUUUGUAACAGUUUUAAAAAUCGCUUCUAUUUGACUAAACAGUCCAUGAUGUAGACUAAGGCAUUGUUGGCAGAAUAGAUGGAUGCAGUUCAAUGCAUGAUUCAGGCAGGGUAGCCUAGUGGUUAGAACGUUGGACUAGUAACCAGAAGGUUGCGAGUUCAAACCCCCGAGCUGACAAGGUACAAAUCUGUCGUUCUGCCCCUGAACAGGCAGUUAACCCACUGUUCCUAGGCCGUCAUUGAAAAUAAGAAUUUGUUCUUAACUGAUCUUGCCUAGUUAAAUAAAGGUAAAAUAAAUAAAAUAAAAAUAAAAAAUUAUUCACCAAUACAUUUCUUGGUAGUCCCAAAAAUAUUAGGCUAUCAGGUUGUAAAUCACAGCUGUUUUAGCCAAAUGCAUUUAAACUCAGUUUUUCACAAUUCCUGACAUUUAAUCCUACUAAAAAUUCCCUGUCUUUGGUCAGUUAGGAUCACCACUUUAUUUUAAGAAUGUGAAAUGUCAGAAUAAUAGAGUAUUUCUAGGACAUUUCUCUAAAAAGUAUGAUCUUUGUCCCCAUGUGCAGCUGCAAACCGUAGUCUGGCAUUUUUAUGGCGCUUUUGGAGCAGUGGCUUCUUCCUUGCUGAGCGGCCUUUCAGGUUAUGUCGAUAUAGGACUUGUUUUUCUGUGGAUAUAGAUACUUCUGUACCUGUUUCCUCCAGCAUCUUCACAAGGUCCUUUGCUGUUCUGGGAUUGAUUUGCACUUUCCGCAUCAUCUCUAGGAGACGGAACGCGUCUCCUUCCCGAGCGGUAUGACGGCUGUGUGGUCCCAUAGUGUUUAUACUUGUGUACUAUUGUUUGUACAGAUGAACAUGGUACCUUCAGGCGUUUGGAACUUGCUCCCAAGGAUGAAUCAGACUUGUGGAGGUUUUACACAUUUUUUUCUGAGGUCUUGUCUGAUUUCUUUUGAUUUUCCCAUGAUGUCAAGCAAAGAUACAUCCACAGGUACACCCCCAAUUGACUCAAAGGAUGUCAAUUAGCCUAUCAGAAGCUUCUAAAGCCAUGACAUCAUUUUCUGGAAUUUUCCAAGCUGUUUAAAAGGCACAGUCAACUUAGUAUAUGUAAACUUCUGACCACCUGGAAUUGUGAUACAGUGAAUUAUAAGUGAAAUAAUCUGUCUGUAAACAAUUGUUGGAAAAAUGAGUAAUGUCCUAACCGACUUGCCAAAACUAUAGUUUGUUAACAAGAAAUGUGUGGAGUGGUUGAAAAACGAGUUUAAUGACUCCAACCUAAGUAUAUGUAAACUUAUGACUUCAACUGUAUCUAUUGUCCCUUUUGUUAGAUUUUAGCUCAUCUUGCUCAGCCUAGCAUUAGUUGUUCUUGUUGAUUUGCAUAACUGAGGGAGAGAGAGCCCACCUCUCAAUGAUUGUAAAGUUCCCAAAUGUAAUUCGGUUCACUCUGUGGUGUUUCCGUAUUUGCAGAAUUCCAUUCAGGUAUAUUUUUGUUGCAUUUAUCGAAUGUGCUCAAAUGAUCUAAAAGUUGCGCUGUUGUAGCUGCCUGUAAACACACAGUCCAGUUCAAAGUGAAUGCUGGCAGGCCUGUCUGGCAAAUGGUUUGUUUGUAUAAAGCCCUACUGUAGCUCCGAUUGCCUACAGCACACCAGUCUGUGUAGACUUGGACAAGACGGAUGUUUUUAUUAGACACCGCAGUAAAUAAAACCUAUUACUUGUCCAAACUCACUGCCAAUUUCCCACUCUAUAUUGCUGUAGAAAUUUCACAACCACCUUAGUAUAUGUAAAUCCCAAACAUUCUAAGAAUUUAUGAAAAAAAUGUUGAAACAACAUUAUCUAAGUGCUUGUCAGAAUGUUUCUAAGUGUCAUUCUUCCCGGGGGUGUAUAUGAACAGAUUUUAAUACGAUUUCAUAUUUCUAAAAUGCUGUCAGUUCCACUUUAAGAGAGACUCCUUUUUUAAAAAAGUUUGUACAGUAUCAUUUAUCUGUUCUGCAUUGCAUUUUUUUUUUUUGACAUUUCGUUUUGUUAACACGCAAGGCCUUCUGUAAGUUGGAUAAUAAAAUACUAAUGAUGUGA